AUGGCUCCAGCACAACAAAAAAAUGUUCUUGUCUAUUACAAUGGACAAUGUUUUAGACAAAACAAUAGUGUUUUUUUCCAAAGCAAUACAACAAGAGGUUUUAGGAUCAAUACAAGAAGCAACUUUGCUCAUUUAAAGGAGAGAAUAUCAGAAAAGUUGAAUUUAGGAAACAAUAAGGUUAUAUCUGAAAUUUAUUGGAGGCAACCGGUGGUUUUUGGAAACUCAAAUGAACGAUUUGAAUCAUACAAAGUUGUAGACAACGAUGAUGUUGAAUAUAUGUUUGCGACUCAUUGCCAAUUUGAAGCUCUAGUCAGCAUCGAGUUAUAUGUUACAUUGGAAGAUGUACCUCCAACUGACCAACAUCAGAUCGAAGCACCACCAUUUGAUUAUACACAAUAUUAUUCGAUGCUUUCACAAGAUUGUGAGUCACAACCAUCAUCCUCAUACCUCCCAGAUCUGAACACACAACCAUCAUCCUCAUACCACCAGUCUCAUCAACUUGAAGCCUCACAAUUUCACCCACAACCAUCAACCCCAUACCACCAGUCUCAUCAACACGAAGCCUCACAAUUUUACUCACAACCAUCAUCCUCAUAUCACCAAGAAGGAGAAGAGGAAGACGAAGAUGACAUCGUAAAUGGAGUAAUUGUCGGUGAGGAAAGCGAGAAUGAAGAAGAAUAUGUUGCACAAGCAUUCGGUGACGUUGAAGAUGAAGACGUUGACGACCACCCCAUGUAUAAUCCACCACCCCACAUGCUUACCUUGGAUGCAAGCAUUGAUGAACGUACCGAAGUUCUGCGAUCAAUGAAUCCGAGACUUCCAGUAGAUCAAGGGAUUGAGGUGGGAAUGCAAUUUCAUACCAAAGCAGAUUGUGUGAGUGCAAUAAGAACGUACCAUAUUAAACAAUCUCGGGAUUAUAAGGUAAAACAGUCCGACAAAGAAAGGUAUGUCAUUCAAUGUAAACAACCUACAUGUAAAUUCAGUUUGAGAGCAUCUGAGAGAACAAAUGGUCGUUGGGUAAUUGGUGUUAUAAAAAAUGAGCACACAUGCAUAUCUUUGGGUUUGACACAAGAUCACCACAAACUUAAUUCUACUAUGAUAAGUGAAAGCAUUGCCUCACUCUUGCACAAAGACCUAUCAAUUAAAGUGAAAACUAUAAUUGCACACAUAAGGGAUAAGUUCAAUUACACUGUCACGUACCGAAAGGCAUGGAUAGCAAAAAAUAAGGCCAUCGAAAACAUGUUUGGGAGCUGGGUGGACUCAUAUCAUGCUCUUCCGCAGUGGUUGAUGACAAUGCAACAUUAUCUUCCAAAUGUCGUCACAAUACUAGAGACCCUACCGGCAGACACUCCUGAUGAUGUGACCUUCCAUCGUCUGUUUUGGUCUUUUGAACCACUUAUUAAAGGUUUUGCAUAUUGUAAACCAAUUGUGCAGGUUGAUGGAACAUGGUUAUAUGGGAAGUAUAAAGGGACAUUGUUGCUAGCUGUUGCACAAGACGGAAAUGACCAUAUAUUUCCAGUCGCUUUUGCAAUUGUGGAAGGUGAAACAAAGGAAGCUUGGAACUUCUUUUUAAAAAAUUUGAGAACAUAUGUCACUCCACAACAACAUCUUUGUGUGAUUUCAGAUAGGCAUCCAUCCAUUAAAAGUGCUUAUGAUAAUCCUGCAAAUGGUUGGAAUGAUCCUACCUGCAGACAUGUGUACUGCAUCAGACACAUUGCCCAAAACUUCAUGCGAAAGUUCAACAAUAAAAAGCUUCGCAAGUUGGUUGUUAACAUGGGAUUUGCAGUAAAUCAACCUUUGCACAGAUACUACCGCAGCAAAAUUGCUGCGCAGAACACUAAUGUAAUAGGGUGGCUUGAUAAUAUCCCUAUAGCGAAGUGGACGCAAGCAUUCGAUGAAGGUCGUCGGUGGGGUCAUAUGACAACCAACCUUGCUGAGUCGAUGAACAACGUGUUUAAGGGUAUUCGCAAUGAACCCAUCACAGCUUUGGUCCAAUCAACGUUCUAUAAGUGUGUCGUACUGUUUCAAAGAAGAGCCACUGAAUCAGCAGCUGUGUUGCAAUCUGGACAACAAUAUUCAGAAGCUUGUCAGAAACGGAUUGAAGAAGCAAUGCAUAAAGCAAACUCACAUCAAGUCAUUGCUUUUGAUCGACUCAAUCAAACUUUCAGGGUAAUGGAAACUGUCAAUCACAACGAGGGUCGACCAAUGGGUCGAUUUCUGCUCAAGUUGGGUGAAAGCUGGUGUGAUUGUGGAGAAUUUCAAGCUUUACAUUUGCCUUGUUCGCAUGUUAUUGCUGCAUGCUCCCAUGCUGCACAAGCUUACCAAGUUCAUAUACAUGACGUGUACAAAGCUGCAAGUGUAUUUUGUGUAUACAAUAACACCUUCCCGGGAAUUCAAGACCAAUCAUAUUGGCCCCAAUAUUAUGGCCGUCGACUUUGCCCCGACCCAGCAAUGAAAAGAUGUAAGAGAGGUCGUCCGAAAAGUACGCGCAUUAGGACGGAAAUGGACGACGAGAUCGAAACUUUGAAUAAGUGUGCGUUAUGUAGGGUGCCUGGCCAUGAUCGUAGGAAUUGUCCAAAUUCCAAUUAA